AUGAUCAAACUCUUUUUAUUGGGAAUAGUAAUUUGCAAUGCAUUCAAAAUAUCUGAAAAUUUCAGUUGGGCAGAUGUUGAUGGCAAAAACUUCUUAACUUACACUAGAAAUCAGAAUUCGCCUCAAUUUUGUAAUGGAGGAUGGGCAUUUGCAGUGACAGGUGCAUUGAGUGAUAGAAUCAAAAUAAAGAGAAAUGCUGCAUUUCCUGAAAUAGUCCUAUCACCUUAAGUGUUAAUCUCAUGUGAUACCUAAUCUGAUGGUUGUACUUCUGGAUCUGCAUUAAAUGCAUAUUAAUAUAUUAAAGACAAUUGGAUAUCUGACGAAACAUGCACAAAUUAUGUUGCCAAAAAGGAGGAAUGCAAUGAAAUGUCCCUAUGUAAAAACUGUUUUGAUGGAAUGGGUUGUUGGGCACAACACAAUUAUUACAUAUACACAAUUUCAUCUUAUGGAACUCUACAUGGACAAAUAGAAAUUAUGUAAGAAGUUGUAACUAAUGGACCUGUAUCUUGCCAACUUGGAUAGAGCGCUCAUUAUGUGGAAGUUGUAGGCUGGAGAACCAGUGGUUAAACUACAUACUGGAUUGUGAAAAACACUUUGGGUCCAAAGUAUCCAAGCCUAUACGAAGUUCCAACAGAGGAAAUACAAGAAUGCAGCUAUGGGGAAUUGAAGGAUACAUGGACAGAAGGAAUUAGAAACACCACUAAAUUACAUACAAGUAUUGAAAAAAGAUUUGAAACAAAACGUAAAUCUUAUCAUUUAGAAAUGCUAUAAUUUCUAUAAUUGGAUUAAUUAAUAAUUACUCCAUUUUCUAGUCUAAAUGCAGAUGUACCCACUUAAUUUGAUUGGAGAAAUGUUGAUGGUGUGAAUUACUUAACAAACAAUAGAAAUCAACAUAUUCCCAUUUAUUGUGGUUCAUGUUGGGCACAUGCUGUCACUUCAACCCUAUCAGAUAGAAUUAAUAUCAAAUUAGGUAACAAAUAUCCUGUGGUCCUUUUUUCUAUCCAAUCAAUGUUGAAUUGCAUGUCUGGAGGCAGUUGUGGAGGAGGUCUAACAUAACCUACUUUUAAACAUAUCCAUUUGAAUGGAUUGACUGAAGAACAUUGUCAUACCUAUGAAGCAAUCAAUGGAAAACGAGUCAGAUGUUCAGAUGAGGAUCAAUGUCAUCAAUGCGAUGAAGAUGGAUGUGAACCGGUUAAAAAGGCCAAGAGAUACUUUGUUUCAGAAUUUGGAUACGUCAAAACUGCAAGAGAUAUGAAAAUUGAAAUCUUCAAUAGGGGUCCUAUUGUUUGUGGAGUGUAUGCUACCUAAGAGUUAGAUGAUUAUGAGGGUGGAUAUAUCUUUUCACAAAAAACAAACAAAACUAUCCUUAAUCAUUAUGUGUCUGUUGUUGGUUGGGGCGUUGAAGAUGGAGUCGAAUAUUGGAUUGUCAGAAAUUCAUGGGGUUCAUAUUGGGGAGAUAUGGGAUAUGCAAAAAUGAAAAUGCAUUCAGAUAAUCUACUCCUUGAACACUAUUGCAGUUGGGGAGUCCCUAAAUUAUGA